CACACAAGGCUUCUCCAUUCGGUCCUCAUAUCUCCACGGAGCAAUUGAUUCUUCUGGCACCACCACAAAUUCAUAAGCAUAAGCAGUGAGCUGGGUAUAUUAAGCACAUUAUUCAAUUAUAACAAUCCAAAUUAUAAAUAUCAACAUGGAUGAGUUCAUCGAAUGUCCGGUAUGCGCGUUACACCUCCGGCUGGAUAUGGACCUGGAUGAACAUUUGUAUAGCCACAAGAAGGAAUAUGGGAUAAACAUGUUUCCCCCUGGAGGCAAUAGCUGCGGUAUUAUAGUAGCUGGAAGUAGCAAAACUAAUACCGGAGCAAGUCAUAACGAUGAUGUGAUAAUCGUUACUGACGAUUAUUUGUUUAACGGUCAUGGUACUCAAUCGAUGCACCCGAGCCCAGGAUCUGCUACAGGAUGCGGAUCUGCUACAGGGUCCGGAUUUCCUACAGAAUCCAGAUCUGCUACAGAAUCCGAAUCUGCUAUAGGGUCCGGAUCUGCUAAAGAAACCUGGAUCUUAAAUCAGAGGGAUCUGCUCGAAGCAGGUCCCUCCGGUAGACGUGAGCUUGACAAAGUUCCACAGCAAUGCACAACCCAACGUGAAGGUACAUCCGGAAUCACAAUCGAUAGCCAUCGUAUGACACACGACGAAGCUUUGGUCACUGAUGCCGCUCCUUCCACGACAAGCCAUGACACCCUUGGUCACCACACUGGCAGCGGUAGCAACUGGCUCCAAUUUGCGAUGCAACACCCAUGUUAUGUACAGCAGCCCAUCACUGAGCAUGAAGAUCCUUUGGGUGAAGAUAACGAGUUUGAGUAUGAAGACGCAGAGGAUGAGAAUGAAGAGCGGGAUGAGAUGAAGCGCAUGAUCGCUAACAUGACGCAAGAUCUCGAAAUCUGGAAAAACGACCAUAUAAGAAUAAUGACAAAAACUUUCUAUAUUUAAUUAUACGCAAAAUAACAUGUUCUGAAAAAAGGAAAACUUUAAAAUAAGAAUAAUAUCAACAAAACUAUGUAAGAAUAUAAGUAUAUGAAUGAGAAGGAAUGAGUUAGGGAGCAAGAAUGAGAACACAUUUUUGACUGAAUAUUUUAGAUCGCAAAAAAGGCAGGAGUGUCCUAGAAAGCAUAAAGAGCAGCAACGAAAAAUUUCCACGGUGUAGAGAAACAGUUGAAGUUGUGUUGAUUAGUGGUGAUAGUGCAGUGUAGAUGAUUAAAUCGAUUGAGUUCUGUAACGCCUUACAUAGUAGUACCUGUGAGUCAGGCGUCAGUAUAUUGCCAAGAUUCUUGUCUUCGUUGUUUUGCAUGCUGCGGCGCAAAUCGUUACUAUCAAGCUUCAUAAAAAAAAAAUCAACAGAUAGAUGCAGGUAACAAGGCACAGCGAGGAAAAAUUAUAGAUCCUGCGAUUGUGAAGUAGAUACUAAACAUAAUGUCGAAAUGUUUAUUUGUGAAGCUGCUUCUUACAGCAGUCGUUCACAUGUCUACUUUUCUAAAAGCGUUUUGAUUAGGUGAUCAAAUCAUUUAUAGGUAGUGCUUACUAAGCAAACGAAUCAUUUAAAUUUAACAAUGCACAAAAGCAUUGGUAAAGAAAAAAUCAUUUGUGUUGAUAACGGGCGACACUGGAAUGCUGUUGCAGUCUUGUGGUUGGUAACUACACUGAUUUUGUCCUCUCGGGCACUUGCAGCGAAACCAAAUGCUGAUUGAUCGGUCUUAAGUGCAUUGUAAAAUAUUGUCAUUAUUGUGUUAUUAAAGAGACUGAG